GAACGCGCUGGCAGGACAGUCGCGCAACAACACAGAAAUAGUUUUAUAGGAGCGAUUCUCUGAACACUAGUUUGGAAAGAUGACACAGACUGUACAGACAAACGGGGUACAGCCUCUCAGUAAGACCUGGGAGCUCAGUCUUUAUGAACUCCAGAGAACCCCACAGGAGGCCAUCACAGAUGGUCUGGAGAUAGCUGUGUCCCCCCGAAGCCUGCACAGUGAGCUCAUGUGCCCCAUUUGUCUGGACAUGCUGAAAAACACCAUGACAACCAAGGAGUGUCUGCACCGUUUCUGUGCAGACUGCAUCAUCACGGCUCUCAGAUCCGGGAACAAGGAGUGUCCGACGUGCCGGAAGAAGCUGGUGUCAAAGCGCUCCCUCCGUCCAGACCCCAACUUCGAUGCCCUGAUCAGUAAGAUCUACCCCAGCAGAGACGAGUAUGAAGCCCACCAGGAAAGAGUGCUGGCCCGUAUCAGCAAGCACAACAACCAACAGGCCCUGAGCCACAGUAUUGAGGAAGGCCUGAAGAUCCAGGCCAUGAACAGGCUGCAGCGAGGGAAGAAACAUCAGAUUGAGAAUGGCAGUGGUGUGGAGGACAACGGCGACAGCUCACACUGCAGCAAUGCCUCAGUUCACAGCAACCAGGAGGCAGGGCCCAGUAUCAAACGCACCAAGACCUCCGAUGAUUCAGGCCUGGACAUGGACAAUGCAACAGAGAACGGAGGAGGAGACAUGGCUAUGGAUGGAGCCAGCGAGAUCGAACUGGUUUUCCGCCCUCACCCCACACUCAUGGAGAAAGAGGACGCUGCACAGACGAGGUACAUCAAGACUUCAGGCAAUGCCACAGUUGACCACCUCUCCAAAUACCUGGCAGUGCGCCUGGCUUUGGAGGAGCUACGCAAGAAUGGAGAGGCCAGCCCCAUCAACGUAGACGCAGCCAGCGAAAAACAGUACACCAUCCACAUCCCCACAGCCAAUGGCCAGUUCACAGUCUUGAAUGGGUCCUUCUCUCUGGAGCUGGUGAGUGAGAAGUACUGGAAGGUCAACAAACCUAUGGAGCUUUACUUUGCCCCCGCCAAGGAGCACAAAUGAAGCCUGGAAGGUUUAAGGGCCAGAACAGGCCUAGGUCGGACUGAUGGUUCCUCUUGCUCUCUCUCUUCUUUCUCUCUACUUCUCUCUCUCCCUCUCUCUCUCUCUCUCCCCUUAUCUGGAGUACACUUAGUCUCUGGAGCUCCUGUUCCAACAACUGUGGCUGCUUUGGUUUGUGUUUUUUAUUGUCCUUUUGUAUAGGAUUGGGGACCUGGGAGGGAUAUGAAGUGGGGUGGGGGGGGCUUUGGGAGAUGUUCAAGUGUGUGACAGUGUUUUUGUUUUUGUUUUGUUUUGUUUUGUUUUUUUCCAUUGACACAAUCAUAUUAGUGUCUCAUGUUGAGGGCUUCUAUGAUUUAAAGAGUCCGUUUCAUCACCACCAAAUUGUGCUUCAGCUGUACCUUCAAAAUAUCAUCACUGUAACAUUGUCAAAUCAUCAGGUUAUCAAUGGAAACCUCCCGCUGUGGAAGAUGUUUUCUGUAACCCCUUCAUAUUGGUAGUUUCUCUGUCCAUGGCAAAUGCCCUCUGUCUCAGACAAACUCAACGAGAUCGACCUAGCUCCCCAGGAAUUUUGUGGAGUUCUUUAUAACAACAUUAACAUCAUCUCCAUAAACUUUGUUUUCAGAUGUAGAUGGGAUCUUGUCAUUUUUCUUGCCCCCUCUUUGUACCUGUCUGUUUAGAGGUACUAUAAAGGUCUAGUCUGCACAGGAACUUUGCCCACUGUUGUGUAUUGCUUGAGUCAGGGUUUUUUUUUUUUUUCAAUCCUACCUGUUUUAACAAUAUACAUCAGUUGUUUAAUCCAGAGGUUCAAGUUCACCACACGGUUUCAAAAUAAAGUUGUUUGAAGCAUAAACUUUGCCAGCCAUUUCACAGAUAUUGCAGUGUAUACAACCAUCACUGUACAAGUUUGGUUUAGAUCGAUAAGCUGUUAUUUGUAUAUGAGGAUAGAUCCAAUUUUUGAUAUUUUCAUAAAGCAUAAAGAAAAGAAACUCCAUGGAAAACAUGAAAUCUUUUUAGAGCAUGAAGUGCUUUUAGUUGAACGUCUUUUACAUAAUUAUGA